AUGGCUUGGCGAGCUGGAAGAAUACUUCAUGGGCGGCUACACAGCUUUCAACUCGAGAAACCGCUGACCAAAUCCUCCACGGUCUUCAAAGCCCGUGUUUUGCCCAAAUCAACUGGUUCAACUCCAAAAUGGGCUGUGAUCAAAACCGCCUAUGAGAGGUAUAAGCUGGCAGAUUUGAAGCGGGAAUACCGGGUCUACUCCAUAGAGAGUAUCCGCAAGUCCAAACACAUCCGCGCAUUACUAGACACCAUCGACGAUUUUGACUCCACACCAAACUUAGCCGACCCAACGCCUGGAGCCAAACCAUGGAUGGCCUUCGAAUGGAUGGACCAUAGCUUGGUGGACUUCGAUCCCAAAUAUUUCAAACAGCAUCCUAGGAUCCUGCAGGUAGCUUCAAAGAGCGUUUUGAAGGCUCUCGCAACUUACAAGGAGCUGAACCUGAUUCAUACAGAUCUCAAACAUGAGAAUAUUCUUAUCUCGAACAUCGACUCAGAAGAGCCUACGGUAAAGUUGGCAGAUCUCGGAGCAACAAUACCGGACGGCUUCAACGAUGAAAGGAUACAACCCAUAGCCUGUCGAGCACCAGAGGUAUGGAGAGGCAAGGGCUGCUUUCAUGCCUCGGAUGUGUGGUCUCUAGGUGUUACUUUAACGGAUUGCUUAUCCCCUGCUUCCAUCUUCGGCAUACACGAUGACCCUCUAGGAAUAGGUGAACAUUGGGCCGUCGCGAAGCUCUUCCGCCUAUUCAACAGUUUACCUUCCCCUGUUGAUAGAUACCGCGAGUCAGAAUGGGAGCUGGCCGAAAAGCUAGUUGAUCCACAAUACGGUUAUAUGAAAGUCGGUACAAUAGACAAGGAAAUCAGAAAGUUGGAGUUGCCAGAAAUCAUGGUUGAUUUUAUCAUGUCCCUACUUGUCGUGGAUGAUGAGAAGAGGCCAACAGCUCAGGAGGCAUUGAAACACCCGUUCAUUCAUGCCGAGUUUUGAUGAGGUUCCUUCCAUCAUCAUUGCUGCCAGACUUGCGCCGGAAAAUUGGCGCAGAAGGCAAUUGUCUCUGGAACCCGGCAUCGGUGACCGGUAUUCUCCUUUCGGUCUGGGCGGGACGCUUGCUUUUGAAUAUCGCGUCAUACCCUAUCUUUGGACGGAGAAUGGAGCGGUUCUACCUUCCAUGCUUCGGAAUCAGCUUGGCCUAUUACGUGGAUACCCAGGAAUACAUCGUGUUUCCCCAACUGUAUGUUUUGGCAAGGUCUGUUGGGAAUGUAAUCGCUAUGCUUUAUUCAAUUCCUCCUCUCUCACUGUAAAAUAGGAAAAUGACAAGAGAAAUAUGUAUGUACGUACUCCGUACAGUACAAU